GUCUGAGUUUGUUCAGUCUUGCUUAGCAAGGUAAUCAUUACCCACAGCAGACUUUUCGCUGUAUUAGGUAAACAACAGAGAGUAAGACAGCGUGCAAAAGAAAUGCAGAGACACCUGCACCUGACCUGAAGCUGUUUUGCCCAAAACAAGAUGUCAAAAGGUCGAUUAAAUUCUUACCGUGCUGCUGGAAUCUCAAGGAGUAAAUCAGAAGGGACAUUGAUUGACUUUGAUGAUCCAAAAUUUCCAACUAAUAAUGCAGAUACCAUUAGUAAGGAGAUAGACCUACUUAUCGACUGGCAAAAUGUAUUUCAAGAUCAUUCAAAAAAUUCCUCAAAGCCUAUCAAUCCUUUCUGGAAUGGAUUAUCUGAAUCCAACCCUUUUCUCGAUGAUGUUGUUCAAGCUAACACUGUUUCCAAGAGCAACACACAUACAUCUAUCUUGAAAGAGGAUCCAUUUCUGUUUUUCACAGGACCAGAAGUUAGAAACUCAGUAGCCUCUUCAGGAGAUGAGCUUGAUAUUAAUAACCUAUUAAGGAAGGCUGCUUCACGCAAAGGUGCAAGAUCUAAGAGUGUUUCUGAUUUGAGCCUUUUAGAUUACAAGGAAUCUGAUGUUUCUGCUAGUUCAAGUCAGAUUCUGGCUCCUGAUUUAGACUGGCUUCAGAAUGAUCGUGAGGCUUAUAAAAUGGCAUGGCUGAGCCAUAGGCAGCUGACACGAUCUUGUCUUGAUUUGGAUAUUAUGAGUCAAAGUCCAGGCUGGGCACAAACACAAGCCACUGAUAUGCACACACUUUGCAAAAUAGACCACCAAGGAGGAGCUGUGCAGCUUCCUGGCUCUAAUAUAACAAUACAUGUUCCUGAAGGUCAUGUGGCUCCUGGGGAAUAUCAAGACAUCUCUUUAAAAGCACUUUUAGAUCCACCAUCAUCACUUAACAAUAAUGUCUCAACUACCGUAAGCCCUGUUCUAGAGAUUAUAUUAAGCAACAUGAACACGUCAGAAGUUCUCUUGCUGGAAAUGAAAAUUGCAGCUGAGGUUAAGAAAGAUCCUUACAGCCAAGUAAUGACUGAAGUUGCUACAUUUUAUAGCUACAACAAAGAAGGACCCUAUGAAAAGCUCCCUGGCGGAUAUAUUUACAAGGACACUUUACAAAUCAAAUUGCCCACUCUUAGCCGCAUUACAUACAUUGUAACAGCUGCACAAGCCAAAUCCAUUCAGCCCCCAGCAACCAGUAUUUAUGAUUGCAUUCAUAAGAGUAUAACAGUGGCAGUAUUUGGGCCAAAACAUAUUCAUCCAGCUUUCACUACGGUUUUAGCUGUGAUAGGGCACAAUUAUAUUCCUGAAAUUCUCACAAUAGACGACAUAAAAAAACGGGGGAAAAAUAUGCCACCAGUUGUCUUUCAGCUCUGGGGGAAACAUCAAUUAGUUCUGGAUCAGAUUCAAGAUAUGUCGUUCUAUUUUGUUCCAAAUAACUCGAGCUUUGAAGUAAAAGCAGCAGAUAACCAAAACCAAAUCAAACAGCAACAGCUGAAAAUAGGUAAAAUGAUCCGGAUACAGUUUCCAUUUUCACUUAGGGGUAGUGGUGAAAUUAGUUCCUUUAAUUUCAGGGUUCAGAUUAAGGAAAGGGAAAACAGCUCGCUGGUAACAGAAUUUGAUGUACAAACGCCUGAUCACGCACCAAAAAUACAAUGUUCAGCCAGUAGUCAAACUCGCUUACAGAAAAGGAAAGAGAUUAUUUCGGCUCCUCCGCCCCAAACAAGCACUAUUAGUUACCCUAAAUUUCAGGAUAAGCCUCUGAAGAUAAACAGCUAUGCAGUGACUUUAAAAACUGUUUUGCGCCAACAAAAAAUGGACUACCUGCUUGAAUACUUUAAAGGAGACACAAUUGCACUUCUUGGGGAAGAUAAAGUAAAAGCCAUUGGUCAGACCAAAAUAAAAGAAUGGUAUGUUGGAGUCCUGAGAGGAAAGGUUGGGCUUGUGCACUGCAAAAAUGUCAAAAUUAUCUCCAAAGAGCAAGUUAUUGAUUUCUCAGACUCACAGUUCACAACCAAGAUGCUUUUGGAACAAAUUACUCUGCCAUUUAAGAAACUUACCUACAUUUAUUCUUCGGUGCUCUCGCUUGUUUCUGAAAAAGUUACUGACUGGAGAUGUCUAGCCGAUGUGCUAGGAUAUUCACAUUUAUCAUUAGAGGACCUCUGUCAUGGACAUACGGAAAAGAAUUCAGAGAGAGUCUCGUCUGUUGUCAAAAAGUUGAAAGAGGACUGCCAUGCUGAUUCAAAAAAGAGAAAAUUCCACUAUGAACUAAUUAUGGGACUGCUGAAGAUGGAUUGCCAAGGACUGGUGGCUCGUUUAACACAAGACACAGUUAUUUUGACAGCUGCUGUUCAGUUAGGUAUUCGCUGGCGAGAACUUGCUGAAAAGCUUGCAAGACUUACUAAGCAACAAAUGGAGGCCUAUGAAAUCCCUCAUUAUGGGAGAUCUGGGGAAGUCAGUGUACAGAUGAUGUGGAAGCCUGCUUUUGACUUUCUGUACACAUGGGCUGCUCACUAUGGAGAGAGUUACAGAGAUGUGUUGCAAGACUUGCACUGUGCAUUGGACAAGAUGAAAUACCCAGAAACCAGACACUGGAGGGAAUUAACUGGAACACUAAUUUUUGUGAACUGCCUCGAGAUACUACGAACAACAGCUUUUUCCAAAUUCCAAGACUAAAGGGCCCAAUGUUUGGGCAGGGAAUUCUACAUGUUUCCUGAAAGGUUCCCAGACAUUCAAACUCUCUGAUAAAUAUUAACCAAUUUCAAUAUUUGGAAUUGUCCAAGCCUGCAGUAUUCAUUAAUACAGACCAGCCAAAGCAAUGACUAGGCAAGAAUGCCAAAUAUCACAGAAGGCAAUGGGUAAUGAUCAUUUUUCAUAAAUGAUAUUUGUAUUUCAUAUUCAAAAAAUAUUGAUAUUCAUGAAUAUUUGACAAAUAUGCUUUCUGGGAAGAUCAAGCACUAUUAGAUCUAAUGUGAUUUAAUCAGCAUGAUCAAUCCCUACAUCUUAAUGGACUUUUCACAAAUCAGCACCUGAAUGUCAAGUGCCCUCAACUUUCUAUUUUUAUCAGAAAUGUUUAAUUUAUGGUGGGAUGUCUUCCUUGGCAGCCAAAGUUACUUUUGAAAACCAAGCACUAGAAAUUACUUUCUAUUAAAUUGCUGUGAGGCUUUUUUUUUUA